UCUCGUGCAGAGAAGCGGGCGUUAGUUUUGUCCACGGUGCAAGGUUUUGUCGUCUGGGCAAGUGUGGGUGGUGUUUGGCACUUUCGUUGGUUUCAUGUCGCAGCAGUACCGGCGUUUGUCAGAGGCAUUGGUUAGUGCACGUGCUCAGUUCUCCUACUCGAGCGUCGCAGUAGCCCCGGAAAGAGGACGUUGCUGCCUCCGAUGGCUUCGAUGCGACGAGCGGCUUGGUUCACCGGCGUGCGCGUCUGCGCGCGCUGGGCCAGCAAUGACAGCAGCCACACACCGGCCAGUGGCCAGCGGCAGCGCACCUUCAAGAAAGUGGAGUCCAACUCGUUCCUGGCAAACCUUUUCAUGGGAGAGGCAAACUUGGCACAGAUAUUUCCCUUCCCAGAAGUACUGACAGCUGACCAAACAGAGACACUGGGGAUGCUGUUGGACCCCCUCAACAAGUUUCUCACGGAGGUGAACAAUGCCGACGCGAACGAUGCCAACGAAUGUGUUGCAGACGAGACGAUGCAGGCACUGAAGGCAAUGGGGGGCUUCGGCAUGCAAGUUCCUCCCGAGCUGGGAGGCAUUGGGGCUACCAACAGCCAGACAGCCCGCCUCAGUGAGACCAUUGGCGAGUACGACCUGGCACUCGGCAUCACACUCGGGGCACACCAGUCGAUCGGCUUCAAGGGCAUCCUGUUGUUUGGCACGGAGGAGCAGAAACGCAAGUACCUACCUGGCCUGGCGGCUGGCGAGCAGCUGGCUGCCUACUGCCUCACCGAGCCGGGCAGUGGAUCCGAUGCCAUGUCCAUCAAGACUCGAGCUGAACUCUCACCCGAUGGGAAACACUACAUUCUCAAUGGUGGCAAAAUUUGGAUCAGCAAUGGUGGCAUCGCUGAUGUCUUCACUGUAUUUGCCAAGACACCGGUGAAGCUGGACUCGGGGGAGGUGCGUGAUCGCAUGACUGCCUUCAUUGUGGAGCGCUCUUUUGGUGGUGUCACCUCGGGACCUCCAGAGAAGAAAAUGGGCAUCAAGGCAUCCAACACAGCGGCCGUGUACUUCGACAACACUCCAGUGCCUGUCGAGAACGUGCUUGGAAGCGUAGGUGAUGGCUUCAAGGUGGCGAUGCAGAUUCUUAACAAUGGCCGCUUUGGCAUGUCAGCCGUGCUGUGUGGCACUAUGCGCACAGCCAUCGCCAAGUCGGUGACCCAUGCCACCACACGCAUGCAGUUUGGGAGCCGGUUAGCUGCCUUUGGCAAUAUCCAGGAGAAGCUGGCCAGCAUGGCAGCACGCCUGUACACGGCAGAGUCGCUUACCUACCUGCUGUCGGGAAACAUGGAUCGUGGCUUCACGGACUACCAUCUCGAGGCAGCAAGCACCAAGGUGACGGCUUCCGAGUGCGCCUGGUAUGUGACGGAUGAGGCAAUCCAGAUCCACGGGGGCAUGGGCUUCAUGCGUGAUGCAGGCCUGGAGCGGUGCCUACGUGACCUUCGCAUCUUUCGUAUUUUCGAGGGAGCCAAUGACAUCCUGCGGCUCUUUGUUGCUCUGCAAGGGCUGCAGUACGCAGGUGGCCACCUGCGUGAGCUGCGGCGUGCCUUGCGCAACCCUGCUGCCCACCUGGGCCUCCUGUUUGACCAGGGCUCCAAGAGGGUGCGACGUGCCGUGGGUCUGGGCUCAGCUGCACCCACCUUGCAGCAGCAUGUGCACGCUCGUCUCGCCGGCCCAACUGCACUUGUGUCACGCUGCAUUGAACUCUGCGGAGGCGCUGUCGAGCAUCUCCUCAUCAAGUACGGCCGUAACAUCAUCGAUGAACAGUUCCUGUUGAUUCGGCUGGCCUACAGUGCCAUCGACGUGUACGCCAUGGUGGCGGUGUUGUCACGAGCGAGCCGUGCCCUGGAGAAGUCGCUGCCCUCGGCUGAGCACGAGGCCCUCCUGGCCCAGCUGAUUUGCAGCGAGGCUAGUGAGCGUGUGCAGGCCAAUUUGGGGGCUCUGCGAUCAUCUGAGAAGCACGCCAAUUUCACCACCAUGCGCGCAGUGGCCGAAGGCAUGUGCGAAGCUGGAGGUGCUGUGCCCCUCAACCCACUGGGUGUCUGAUGAUGACUCAGAAGAAUACGUGUUUACGCUACCAAGGCCACAUAGUGAUGAUUGCCACUUGGCUCAAUUCUGAUGAACUGAUAAUAAAGC